CUAAAAGUAAACAAAGGAGGACAUAAGUAUAUUAUUAAUAGAACUGUUGGGAGAUGAUGAAAAUACUUUUAUAGGUUGAAAAUUACAAACAAAUACGUAAAAAAUGAGUGAUAUUUCAGAACAAUACUUAAACGAUGUUAUGAGCAACGUAGCUACAGCACUUGAAAUAAAACAAUGGAGUUUUAGUAAAGCAAGUUUUAAAAGUGUAGCACAAAACUAUUUUGGCUUAAUUAUUCCAACAGUUUUAAGAGGUAAAGUUAAUGAAAAAAACGUGAGAUUUUCCAUUGUUCUAAAACUAGCGCCAACAGAUGAGAGAUAUCGUGUAAGUGGUGCAGUAACUGUUAUGUUUGCGAGAGAAAUAUUUGUAUAUAGUAAACUUCUAAAUAAGUACCAGGAAAUACAAAAAAAUUAUCCGCUUUCAUGUUGUUAUGUUAUUCCAAAAUGUUAUUAUGUGAAUUUAGAUUAUUGCAAGGAAGUUGUAGCAAUGCAGAAUAUGUGUGAAGAAGGCUAUAAGCCAUAUGUAAACAGUAUGUUUCUAGAUUUACCUCAUAUAACCCUAGCACUUAAAUCACUUGCGAAAUUCCAUGCCCUAUCAUUUAUUUUGGAAGAGCGUGCUAGCGAGGUCUUUGAAGAAGCAAAAAAAUGUUGCAUUCCAUUAACAGAAAAAUCAAAUAAACGUUAUAUAAAUAUAUUGACAGACAGACUUAUAAAAGCAUUAGAGAAAUUUGAAAAUACUCCUUAUAUAGCUUUGUUGGAAACAUUGAAACAAAAGUGUGUUCAAUUUAUUGAAAUGGCAGUCAACUCUGUCAGAAAUUUAUGUCUUUGUCACGGUGAUAUGUGGAAGGAAAAUUUACUUUUUCAGUAUGAGGAUAGCAAACCUGUGUCAGCGUGCAUAAUUGAUUACCAAACUACCAGAAUUUGUAGCCCAGCCUUUGAUGUGUUAUACUUAAUUGUCAGUAGCACUACAACAGUCUUGAGGAAAGAUUAUUUCAAACGACUAUUGGAUAUAUAUUACCAAACAUUUGAUGAUACACUUAGUCAAUCAAAUUUAAACUCUAAUGAUAUUUACUCUGAAGAAAUGUUUCAACAUGACUUACAAAUUGUUAGUCCAGCAUGUCUAAUAGUAGCUAAUACAGCAGUGUGGCUAUCAAGUGGUUUGCAACAAGAAGGCCAUGUUAGAAGCAAAAUAAUACUCCGUACAGAUGAAGAAAAAAUGGAGGCUGUGAGAAAUUAUACAAAUAUCAUAGCAAAUAUAAUAGAUGAUUUAACAAAUUAUGGAUAUUUAGAAAUUGUUUCUUAAUAAAUGUUGUUUAUUUCUAAUUCUGUAAAAAUGAUUCUUUUUAUAUCCUGUUUACAACAUGUAAUAUAUACACUGAAAUUGAAGGAAAUAAAUUCAAAAACAAAAAAUAA